AUGAGGCUGGCGAACGUAAAGCGGGCGGGGCGCGGGCCGGCGCAGGCCUUCCUGGAGCAUGCGCGAACGCGCCGCCGGCGUGGGCGGGGCCUGCUGUCCGCGCGCAGGCGCACCACUCCCGCCCGCAGGCCCGCGCCCCCGGAAGUGCGGCGGAGUCACGCGCGCGGUCAGCCCGGGGGGUUGGCGCCGGGCCGGGCGUCGGCCGCGCGCAGCCGCUUGGUCCACGUGGCUGCGCACCAGGCCCCCAGCGCCCUGGAGCCGCCGGCCUCGGUUGCCGAGGCGGUGUCAUCCCUGACCAUCGUCGACGCGUUCACCGCGGCCGGCGAGAGCCCCGCGGCGGCGGCCCCCGCGCUCCCCAGGAGGUUCAUCUGCUCCUUCCCCGACUGCAGCGCCAGUUACAACAAGGCCUGGAAGCUCGACGCGCACCUGUGCAAACACACGGGGGAGAGACCAUUUGUCUGUGACCAUGAAGGGUGUGGCAAAGCCUUUGUCAGGGACUACCAUCUGAGCCGCCACAUCCUGAUUCACACUGGAGAAAAGCCAUUUGUUUGUGCAGCUAGUGGCUGUGAUCAAAAAUUCAACACAAAGUCAAACUUGAGGAAACAUUUUGAGCGCAAACAUGAAAAUCAGCAGAAGCAGUAUGUAUGCAGUUUUGAAGGUUGUGAGAAGACCUUUAGGAAGCAUCAGCAGCUGAAAAUCCAUCAGUGCCAGCACACCAACGAACCGCUGUUUAAGUGUACCCAUGAAGGAUGUGGAAAGCACUUCGCUUCUCCCAGCGGGCUCAAACGGCACGGGAAGGUCCAUGAGGGUUAUAUAUGUCAAAAAGAAUGUUCCUUUGUGGCAAAAACAUGGACAGACCUUCUGAAACAUGUGAGAGAAGCCCAUCAAGAGGAGAUAAGAUGUGAAGUAUGCCAGAAAACAUUUAAACGCAAAGAUUAUCUGAAGCAACAUAUGAAAACUCAUGCCCCAGAGAGGGAUGUGUGUCGAUGUCCAAGAGAAGGCUGUGAUAGAACCUACACAACUGUGUUUAAUCUCCAGAGCCAUAUUCUCUCUUUUCAUGAGGAAAGGCGCCCGUUUACAUGUGAACAUGCUGGCUGUGGCAAGACGUUUGCAAUGAAGCAAAGUCUCACUAGGCAUGCCGUUGUGCAUGACCCUGACAAGAAGAAAAUGAAGCUCAAAGUAAAACCUUCUCGUGAAAAGCGGAGUUUGGCCUCUCGUCUCAGUGGAUAUAUCCCUCCUAAAAAGAAACAAGAACAAGGCGUCUCUCUGCCGACAAACGGAGAGUCACUGCGCUGCCCUCCAGACCAGGUGCCCCUGACUGCCGCAGUGCUCGCCCUCAGCCAGAGAGCAGCUUGCUUUGUUUAAAAGGACUACACAUCAGCCAGCUCAGUUAUUUUUUCUUGGCAGCACAUUUUUCUUUAUUAAAAUUACUGAUGCAGAACAUCUAA